AUGCCCACACCUGCGAUAACUGAUUUCGAAAAAAUUGCACAAGAAUUUUAUGAAAAUUGGAAUUUUCCGAAUUGUGUUGGGAGUAUAGACGGCAAACGUAUUCGGAUAAAAUGUAUAAAAAAAUCCGGUAGUAUGUUCUUCAAUUACAAACAGUUUUUCUCUAUUGUUUUGAUGGCUGUUGUAGACGCAAAUUAUAAAUUUAUUAUGAUUGACGUCGGAUCUUAUGGAAAAGAUAGCGAUGGAGGUAUAUUAUCAAAUUCAAAUAUUUUAAAACGUCUUGAAAAUAGAACUUUGAAGCCACCUUAUCCUAAAAAAUUACCAAAUUCGAACUUAAUUGGUCCAUAUACUUUCAUUGCUGAUGAAGCAUUUCCUCUGUGA